AUGUCGAGCCCCGGCCCUGCCUUGAGCCAAGGCGUCGGGUAUGGCAUCAUCCUCGGCCUCGGCCUGGCCUUUGCCGUCUUCAUGAUUGCCAUCACGCACAUCCUCAAGCGCUUCAACAACGAGGUCCAGACGUCGGAAAUGUUCAACACGGCCGGCCGCGCCGUCAAGUCGGGGCUCGUCGCCUCGGCCGUCGUCUCGUCGUGGACGUGGGCGGCGACGCUGCUGCAGAGCUCGGGCGUCUGCUACCGGUACGGCGUGUCGGGCCCCUUUUGGUACGCGAGCGGCGCGACGGUGCAGAUCCUGCUCUUCGCGACGCUCGCCAUCACGCUCAAGAAGCGCGCCCCCAACGCGCACACCUUCCUCGAGGCCAUCCGCGCCCGCUACGGCGCCCCCGCGCACUUCACCUUCAUCGUCUUCGGCGUCUUCACAAACACCCUCGUCUCGCUCAUGCUCAUCGCCGGCUGCGCCGCCACCCUCCACGCGCUGACGGGCGUCCACGCCGUCGCCGCCAUCUUCCUCCUCCCCCUGCCCGUCACCACCUACACCUUUGUCGGUGGGCUCAAGGCCACCUUCAUCACCGACUACGUCCACGGCUUCGCCCUCCUGCUCAUCAUCAUCUACUUUGCCCUCAAGGCCUACGCCACCUCCGACCUGCUCGGCAGCCCCUCGCGCGUCUACGACCUCCUCGUCGAGGCCGCCCGCUCGCAUCCCGUCGACGGCAACGCCGAGGGCUCCUACCUGACCAUGCGGUCGCAGGGCGGCGUCAUCUUCUUCGUCAUCAACAUCGUCGGCAACUUCGGCACCGUCUUCCUCGACAACGGCUACUACAACAAGGCCAUCGCCGCCAACCCCGUGGCCGCCCUCCCGGGCUACGUCAUGGGCGGGCUCGCCUGGUUCGCCAUCCCCUGGCUCACGGCCACGACGCUCGGCCUGGCCGCCAUCGCCCUCGAGUCGAACCCCGUCUUCCCCACCUUCCCCGACCGCAUGAGCGAGGCCGACAUCUCCGCCGGCCUGGCCCUCCCCUACGGCGCCCUCGCGCUCGCCGGCAAGGGCGGCGCCGUGGCCGUCUGCCUCAUGAUCUUCCUCGCCUGCACCAGCAGCUUCAACUCGGAGCUCGUGGCCACGUCCACCAUCUUCACCUACGACAUCUACCGCACCUACUUCCGCCCCAACGCCAGCGGCAAGCACCUCAUCUGGAUGUCACACAUCUGCAUGGUCGUCUACACGGUCAUCAUCUGCUGCAUCUCCGUCGGCCUCUGGUACAACGGCAUCUCCAUGGGCUACCUGUACCUGCUCAUGGGCGUCCUCAUCUCCGCCGCCGUCCUCCCCGCCACCCUGGCCCUCCUCUGGCGCGGCCAGAACCGCUGGGCCGCCACCCUCUCGCCCAUCCUCGGCACCGUGUGCGCCAUCGUCGCCUGGCUCGUCACCGCCAAGAAGACGUGCGGCGCCCUCGACGUCGAGUGCACCGGGUCCAACGACCCCAUGCUGGCGGGCAACGUCACCGCCCUCCUGUCGCCCCUCCUCUUCGUGCCCAUACUGUGCCUCGUCUUCGGCGUCGACAAGUACGACUGGCAGUCCAUGCUGGAGAUUCGCAAAGCAGACGACCACGACAUGCUGCAGGGCUCCGAGGUGGAUCCCGAGGUCCAGCGCGAGCGGGAGCUCGCCCAGGAAGCCAACCACCAGCAGGAGCAGCUCAAGCUGAAGCGCGCCUUCAAGAUUGCAGCCAUCAUUACGGUUACCAUGGCACUGUCGUUCCUCGUCCUCUGGCCGAUGCCCAUGUACGGGAGUGGAUACAUAUUCUCCAAAAAGUUCUUCACCGGCUGGGUCACCGUCGGCAUCAUCUGGAUCUUCUGCUCCUUCAUCGCCGUCGCCAUCUACCCCGCGUGGGAGAGCAGAGCGACGCUGAUUCGCGUCACCACUGUCAUGUUGACGGGCAAGGCGCCGCGCCGCCACACGGUCAUCGAGGCCGAGACGACAGAGGUCGAGUCGAGCGGGACGGCGACGCCCGUCAAGGUAGAGCGGGAUACAAAGGCGUAA